AUGGCUGACCACACCGCGCAAUAUCAGUCCGUCUGCCAGAAUUGUGGCACCUCGAAAACUCCCUUAUGGCGACGAGACGGCAUGGGAGCGGUCCUGUGCAAUGCCUGCGGCCUUUUCCUCAAGCUACACGGACGUCCACGCCCAUUGAAUCUCAAGACAGACGUGAUCAAGAGCCGUAACAGAGUUAAAACCUCAGGCCAAGGUUCAAAGCGGAAGUCAACCGCCGAUAUGAACGGGUUUCCGACUCCGAAACCUGAUACAUUGGUGGCGAGCGGUCCAUAUGGCUUUGGCCAGGCACGAAAAACGUCUCCGCGAUCGGACCGCUCGCAUUCUCCUUUAUCGCGCACCGAUACACCCAACUUUGGUCACAACAGCAAUAUCGCCCCCCCAAACGUGUUCGAUAGCGUGACAUUGUCAGAGCAUGGCAUUAGCCCAUCCACUGCUGGGCUUUCCGCCUUGCAAUUACAACAUCCGUCGCCUGGAUCCAGCACUUCGUCCCACGAUCGCCAUCUGGACAUGGCGCAAACGUACGAAGGACUAGUCGCUGCGAAUACUUCACUUAAAACUCGUGUUAGUGAGCUCGAAGUGAUCAACGGACUUUUCCGUGGCAGGGUUACACAAUUAGAACAAAGCGAAGAAGCUUCGCGGAGGUCAGAGCUAAAUCUACAUGGCUCUGAACUGCAGUUGAGACGCUCUCUGGAAGAGGCUCACCAACGGGAAGAAGAUUUAAAGCGAAAGAUAAAGGAGCUGGAACAGGCUCUCAGUAAAUAUAAACAACAAGAGAAUAGCGACAACCCAAGGGACGAUCCGUUAGAACCACAAACGAAAAAGGCCCGUCUUUCUGAGGAGGUCGAUCUGUCGGCUGACACCCACGUCGACACUCCCGAGCAGCCCUAG